UACUCUUAAUCAUUGCUUGCAAUCCUUAUGGCUGAAUAGGCUGGAGCAGAGUUCAGACCAAGGAAUGGAAGAUAUCUGGCGAUUCAUUGAAAAACUUUUGUCAUUUCUGCCCAAACCUUUUCGACUGGUAGGAAAAGUGUUCAAUCUUCUGUCUACUACUGUUGGGUUUUUCUGGAAGAUGGGAACAUUCCUAUGCUACGAGAUGCCGAAACGAACCAUCACCCUUUACAUUCGAGUUCAGAAAACUGUCUUGUACAUGCCAUUUAGAUAUGUGACCCGACUUUAUGCUUUUGUAUGCAAAUACUUACCAUGGUCAACGUCCACACAGAAAACUACUGCUCCUUCUCCUUCAGAACCCAAAGAGCCUAACGUCCUGACGUUUUUAACAAACGGAGAUACUAGACCAAAGACAAUAACAGAAGAAAUGAGAAAGCUUGUUGUCGGGUCUGCGAAAGCGAUUGAUACAAUGGAAUCCCGCAGAAAAAAGUUAAGAAAUCAGCGUCAUAAGCUUGAAAGCUGGGCGGUCGACAACGAGAAAAAAACUAACGAAAUGUUUCAAAUUGCUGUCGAAGAAAAGCAAAUGAUAAAAGUUAUUGCUGCAGCUGUACAGAGACUAAAAACUUUGAAAUCGAAAAGAGAAAAGGUAGACAGCAAAUUUUCUGAAGGAACAAGGAAGUUCUUUGCAAAUGGAACUUCUUCAGCGAGUAAAAUUUUGGAAAACAAAACUAUCGUUGAAGAAUUCUUAAAAAAGCAGAUGGACGAAAAUGGCAAAAUCAAGGUGUAUAACAAUAUGCUCGGGUCCCCGAACAAUGGAGAGAUUGAAGAAGCAAGUUCGGAACCAGUAAGUACAGACUCGUCUGAGCCUGUUGAGAAUAAGGUAUAUCAGUUCAAAAUCAAACAAAACUCGGAAAUUCUUCAAGGCAUUGAAGUGAUUAAAGAAGAGAAUAUUGCAUUAAAACAACGUCUUUCUGCGACGAAUGAGAAGUUGGAGUGGUUUCUGGAAACUUCUGACAAUCUCGUUGACGAGAUGGUUAAAUUAAGUCUACAGUUUGCGAAAGUAAAUGCCUUGAAUAAGGAAAUCUCGGAACUCCAAACUCAACUCGCGGAAGGUAGAGAAAUGUUGUGCGCUGUACAAACUGAUCGUGAUGAAAUGAAAGCCAAAUUGAAAACUCUAGAGGGUAUGAUCAAAGAGGAAGAGGACUAUUUGGGUUACGAAAACUCUUUUGAAUCUGGUUUUGAAGAUUUUCCAAUGUGCAAUGGAAUGUCUGAUUUUAAAGAACCUUUACCGUGUUAAGUGUUUGUAUGGAUGAUGUAUUGUGCCAAACAUCCAGAUUCUCAACGAGAUUGUAAGCUGAGCCUUCGGCCAUCUACACAAAGGUUACUUGGCUGUGGAACAUCUGAACUUUUCCUAUGAAUACGUAAUUUUAUUUUGCAGUGUGCAUUUUUAUCUUAAACUUUCUGUGAUAUAUUUACAUAUAUUUUUAACGUUUUACUUUAAUAUUCAAUAAAAGUUC